UAAGUAGACUGAUGUUCAUCCUAGACUGGAGUCGAGAACAUGAGGUCUGUAAUCCGCGGGAACAUGCUGAAACUGUGAUCGAAAUAGAAGGCUAUGGCCAUGAACUCCGUUAUGCCGCAAUCAUGCACUAUUGUUAACCUGUAUGAGCUUCCUGCGGCUCAUACGAUAAAGGAGGCAAGGGGCCAGCUGUUGUUGAUUUCAAACGCGUGCAAAGGUGUCUAGGAGACAGGCUCCAGGAGGCGCCUGGAAAUAGCGAUGUCUGGAGAGUCGACUGGGUUUGCAAAUGAAUCGGGCACAUUCGAAAACUCGUUGCUUGUCAUUGGCAUUCUCCAUUCAUUGUUGAUCCCAUUCGCUCCAUUCUCUCAUCCCACAAGGUCCUGCCGAUCGCCAUAAAUAGUUUUCCUUUGCAUACACAGCUAUUUGACACAAAGAAUACAUGAGAGCAGCAUGGCAGACAACGUUAUCGAACUGGGCGGCCUUAGCAACGUGUCUCUCGAUCCUGAGAACCCUUACAGCCGGAAGUCUAACCAUGACAUAGAAUCCACUCAAAGCCCGCAGCUAUCAAAGACCACACUGACACCCAACGCGCGUUCAAGGUCGACACUGUACCGCGUUCCAUUCUCACAGAGUCCCUAUAGCUCAACUGGACUAUGGAUCAGCACGCCUGUGCAGCAUCGCAGGAGCAUCAUUUCCGAGGCAGAGGACCAGUCUAGGUUGACAUCACCCACCGGGUCGUCCCAGAUGACAUUUGUGAACUGUUUCCAGCAUCCUACCUCCGAUCAACCUAUCGCUGCUGCAAAGGAGGAGCUCUUUCUUCACAUCACACCGUUGCCACACGAAUCUCCUGCUGAUGCAUUGACACGCCACCAUAACCUCAGUCCGCGCGACAUUCACGCAAUUGCUCAGAAUUUAAUGUUGGACCAGAAGGAGCGGGAAAGUCUUCCUAAAAGAUGCUGCCCCGUGGACCUACAGCACCAUAUCCAGACGGAAUUGAUGCGUCGCGUCCAUCUUGGGAUCAACAUUGGCAUACCUCAGUACCAUGUAUCACACCAUAGAAGUUUUCACUUGAGCGAUUCUCCAUUUGUCUUUGAGAUACGAGAUUCAAAACCUUGUCAUCCCAAAGACGGUGAGGAGAAGGGCCCAGGCGGGCCAGGAAAAUACGCAUUCAAGAAACCUGUCGCUGAUCUGAGUGAGCAGUUGGGAAGUGUGGGCGAAAAGAAAUCGGCAACUUGGAUGGAGCUAUUCUUCGAUUUGACGUUCGUGGCAAACAUCACAAUUUUCACGCAUGAGCAUCCAAUCAUUGACUCAACCACCUUGCUCAGAUACUGCGGCUGGUUUACAAUCCUAUGGUGGAUGUGGCUAUCUCAGACAAUGUUUGACGUACGAUUUAGUACGGAUGACCUACUAAAUAGAAUAUGGAAGCUGAUCCAACUGUUUGCGCUUGCUGGCUUUGCGGGUAAUGGAGACCACUUUGCAAGCACGAAUUCGAAUGGUUUUGCACUGAGCUAUGCCGUGAUGAAAUUGGUGUUGGUGGGCCAGUACUUCAUCGUCUGGAUGCAUGCACCAGAUGCGCGAUCAAGACGACCCAUCCUUUUGUACAUGUCAACCAACUUUAUUUCCUUCGUUAUGUGGUGGGUUUCUGCAUUUCUGAUCGAGAUGCUCUCGGAUCAAGCCCGAUAUGCCAUUUGGUUCAGCGCUAUCGGGAUCGAGGUGUUGGCCAACGUCGCACUGGCGAACAACGCCACUGUCACCUUUGUCAGGAGCCAUUUACCGGAACGACUUGGUCUGUUUACCCUCAUCAUUCUCGGCGAGAGUGUUAUGGGGCUGUUCAUUAUCACAGAUAAACUUGUCGAUGCGCCAGAGAGACUUGGAUGGGAUAACCUGACACUGCUAAUCUUCUCCAUCACACUGGUGAAAUGCCAAUGGUUCCUCUACUUUGACGACUAUCACGAGCGAGGACCCGUCCGAUCCUCCAUCCACUCUACUCUCUGGACCUAUCUCCACUUCAUGCUGAAUCUCUCACAAUUACUUUUGGGCGUCGGCUGCUUGGAUCUCAUUCGAGUCUAUCAGUUUACAAAGAACCCGACCCAGUCUAUUAAGAAUAUUGGGCAAUCACAUGAGGCUGCAGGCAAUGGAGGCGCGUCUAUGCUAUCGUCUGCUCUUUCGAAACGUUCGAUCACUAGUUUGGGCGACCAUGAUAUGGUUUUAAUAUAUGUCAAAAAGUAUUAUCUUAUAGUCGCUGCAAGCGUCUUUUUCUGGAAUGCCGCUAUCAAGUGUGUCACGUCGCGACCAGGAGACAAAUAUGACAGAGCGAUCUAUGUCUCUCGAUUCUUCAUGUCCUUUGUGGUACUCUGUCUGCUCCUGGUCGAGCACCAUCGUUUGAGUGCCUUCUCGCUACUGGGACUCGAAGUGGGAUUCUGUCUCUUGCAAGUCGGCCACGACCUGCUGGUUCUAUACUAUGCCGCAAGGAAAGAAUAUGAUAGUCAAUACGGCCCCACAAAGUAGCUUCUUAGGCAAAUAAAUCAUGCACCAGCAUCUGGGAUUCACAAUCU